CUAAGAGAAACCCCAAAGUGUUUUGACAUUCAUGAAACUGCUCAGUCACUCUAAGAGGUUUGGUUUCAGAUGGAAGAGCGAAGUAAGGACCAUCGGGCUUUGCUCAACUCAGGAGAGGAGAAUGAACUGGAGGUGUUUGGAUACCGGACUCAGAACCUACGUAGAGUUUUCUGCUUAAUAGCAUCGGUGCUGACCUGUGGUUCUCUUCAGCUAGUCCUCUACUGGAGGCCCCAGUGGAGGGUGUGGAUCACCUGCACUCCUUGUUCUUUGCAAGAGGCAGAUAGUCUUUUACUAAGGACGACGGAUGAAUUUCAGAGGUACACGAGAAAGAAAGUGAUCUGUCUCUAUUUAUCCUCUCUGAAGUUUCCAAUAAGCAAGAACCCAGAACAGCCGCUGGUGGCUGACCAUCACUCUAUCAUAAACCAUGCUGUAUUGAAGCCAGAGUUAAAACUUCGAUGUAUCCAGGUGCAGAAAAUAAGGUAUGUUUGGGACAACUUGGAGAAGAAAUUUCAGAAAGUUGGGUUGCUAGAAGACAGCAAUUCUUGCUAUGACAUCCACCAUACUUUUGGCUUGGGUCUGACCAGUGAAGAGCAAGAAAUCAGAAGAUUAGUGUGUGGGCCCAAUACCAUUGAGGUGGAAAUUCAACCCAUAUGGAAGCUGCUGGUUAAACAGGUUUUAAAUCCAUUCUAUGUGUUCCAAGCCUUUACCCUAACUUUAUGGCUGUCUCAAGGUUACAUAGAAUAUUCUGUGGCCAUCAUCAUCCUUUCUGUUUUAUUCAUUAUCUUAAGUGUGUACGAUUUGCGACAGCAAUCAGUGAAGCUGCAUGACCUUGUGGAGGAUCACAACAAAGUCCAGGUUACCAUUCUCACGAAAGACAAAGGUUUGCAGGAGCUGGAAUCCUGUUUCUUGGUUCCUGGAGAUAUCCUUGUUCUCCCAGGAAAACUAUCAUUGCCAUGUGAUGCUAUUCUGAUUGAUGGGAGCUGUGUGGUGAAUGAAGGCAUGCUCACAGGAGAAAGUAUUCCUGUGACAAAGACACCAUUGCCUGAUACAGAGAACACCAUGACCUGGAAAACCCACAGCUCAGAGGACUAUCGGAAACACGUCCUUUUCUGUGGAACAGAAGUUAUCCAGAUCAAGCCCUCUGGGAAUGGGCCAGUAAGAGCAGUAGUUCUGCAAACAGGUUACAACACAGCAAAAGGGGACUUGGUGAGAUCUAUCCUCUACCCCCGGCCUCUGAACUUCAAACUGUACAGCGAUGCUUUCAAGUUCAUAGUGUUUCUAGCUUGCCUUGGAGUUGUGGGAUUUUUUUAUGCCCUUGGUGUAUAUAUUUACAAUGGAGUCCCUCCAAAAGAUACAGCCACCAUGGCCCUGCUCCUCCUCACCGUGACUGUCCCUCCUGUGCUGCCAGCUGCUCUGACUACAGGCAUCGUGUAUGCACAAAAAAGGCUGAAGAAAAAGAAGAUCUUCUGUAUCUCCCCACAGAGAAUCAAUAUGUGUGGGCAGAUAAACCUCGUGUGCUUUGACAAAACUGGCACUCUUACAGAAGAUGGACUGGACCUCUGGGGGACUGUCCCCACUGCUGACAGCUGUUUCCAGAAAGUCCACAGCUUCGCCUCUGGCAAAGUUUUGCCAUGGAGCCCCCUGUGUGCUGCCAUGGCCAGCUGCCAUUCUCUCAUCCUUCUCGAUGGGACCAUCCAAGGAGACCCUCUGGACCUCAAAAUGUUUGAGGGCACUGCCUGGACAAUGGAAGAUUGCAAUGUAGACUACUGCAACUUUGGGAUCUCAGAUUCCAACAUAAUAAUAAAACCGGGACCAAAUGCCAGUCAGAGUCCUGUGAAAGCCAUCACCAUCUUGCGCCAGUUCCCCUUCUCCUCAAGCCUGCAGAGGAUGUCUGUGGUGGCUCAGCUGGCAGGGGAGCACCACCUCCGUGUCUACAUGAAGGGUGCCCCGGAGAUGUUGGCCAAGUUCUGCAAAUCUCAAACAGUGCCUAAGAAUUUCCUACAUGAGCUGACGAUUUACACAAUGCAAGGCUUCCGUGUCAUUGCCCUUGCCUAUAAAACCUUGAAGAUGGGGAUGCUCUCAGAAGUGAAGAAUUUAGCCAGAGAGAAGGUGGAAUCAGAGUUAACAUUUCUGGGUCUUCUCAUAAUGGAGAAUCGCCUGAAAAAAGAAACCAAACCAGUCUUGAAGGAACUGGAGGAAGCUCGUAUCAGAACAGUGAUGAUUACUGGUGACAAUCUUCAAACAGCUAUUACAGUGGCAAAGAAUUCUGAAAUGAUCCCUCAGGGAAGCCAAGUGAUCCUUGUGGAAGCCAGUGAACCAGAAGGGACUGUUCCUGCCUCUGUGUCCUGGAAGCUGGUAGAGAACCAAGAGAAUGGAGCUGGCGAUCAAGAAACAUACAUUAACAUUGGAAAGAGUUCAGUGCCUGAUGGAGGAAGAGGGAGCUGUUACCAUUUUGCAAUGAGUGGGAAAUCAUACCAAGUGAUAUUUCAGCAUUUCAACAAUUUGCUUCCAAGAAUUCUAGUGAAUGGAACUAUUUUUGCAAGAAUGUCUCCUGGGCAGAAAUCAAGCCUUGUUGAAGAAUUUCAGAAACUAAAUUAUUGUGUGGGCAUGUGUGGAGAUGGAGCUAAUGAUUGUGGGGCUUUGAAAAUGGCUCAUGCAGGCAUUUCAUUAUCAGAGCAGGAAGCAUCUGUGGCAUCCCCUUUUACUUCAAAAGUUGCCAACAUUGAGUGUGUGCCUCAUCUUAUCAAAGAAGGACGAGCAGCUUUAGUUUCUUCCUUUGGGGUAUUUAAAUACUUGACCAUGUAUGGCCUAAUUCAGUUUAUUGGUACAUCACUGCUCUAUUGGCAAUUACAACUCUUUGGAAAUUACCAAUAUCUCAUGCAAGAUGUAGCCAUCACCUUGAUGGUUUGUUUAACAAUGAGUUCUACGCAUGCCCACUCAAAGCUGGCGCCAUACCGACCUGCAGGACAGCUUCUCUCCCCACCUCUGCUGCUCUCUAUCUUCCUGAAUAUCUGUUUCACAUGCAUUGUGCAGAUCUCUGCAUUUCUCUUCGUAAAGCAGCAGCCCUGGUAUUGUGAGGUCUACAAAUACAGUGAGUGCUUUCUGACCAACCAAAGUAAUUUCUCAACAAAUGUGAGUCUGGAAAGAAACUGGACUGGAAAUGCCACUCUGAAUCCUGCUUCAGUUUUAAGUUUUGAAAGUACCACUCUGUGGCCUAUCACCACCAUCAACUGUAUCACAGUAGCAUUUAUAUUUUCUAAGGGAAGGCCAUUUAGGAAGCCCAUCUACACAAAUUAUCUAUUCUCAUUUCUGCUGAUAUCUGCCUUGGGUCUCACAAUUUUCAUUCUAUUUUCUGAUUUUCAAGUUAUAUACCAAGGAAUGGAGUUCAUCCCAACCAUAACAUCAUGGCGGGUUUCCAUUUUGGUGGCAGCCCUCAUCCAGUUCUGUGUGGCCUUUUUUGUUGAGGAUGGCAUUCUUCAAAACAGAGAACUCUGGCUAAUGAUCAAGAAAGAAUUUGGAUUCUAUUCUAAAAGUCAAUACAGGACCUGGCAAAAGAAGUUGGCAGAAGACCCAACCUGGCCUCCUACAAACAGGACAGAUUAUUUAGGCAAUGGCAAAAAUGAAGUCUACAUCAACUUAGGCUAUGAAAGCUCUGAACAUAUUCCAAAAGAAAAACAGGAAUAUGGAGGCCAAACCAUAGAACAACAUUUUUGGACCAGACUAUAACCCGAAAUGUUGAGUACAUUUAAAAAACAUUCACUACUUCUUUACAGAAACUAAAAUACUGCAGGGCAUGGUUACAGUCUAUCUAGCCUCCUUUUUUCUUUCUCCAUCUUAAGAUUCAAAUCUUUCUCCUUUAUCAAUGAAUUGAGAUUGGUAACAAACAACUUAAAAAUAUGCUUAUUCUGACUAAAUCCUUUACUAGUGAAGAAAAAAUACACAUCCUGGAUUAUCAUUUUUUUUUCUAACAAAUUCUAUCAACAUCACAUAGCAUUAUCUUGGUUCAUAUGCACAAAUCAUAACAAUAGAAUAGCUUAAACAUCAAAUAGAAGAAAAAAUAGAAAAUUUUAAUCUUUGAAAGUUUCACUGAUAUAUUUUUAUUUUCAUCUAUAGAUAAUUGAACAAAAACUCUCAGUAAAUUAUCAGAAGUUUACUUAUACUAUGAUCAUUGUGAAAAACACUUAUAAAUGUAUCUUUAUCCAGUCAUAAAAUCCCUCUAUUUUUAAAAAUUUUAUUAUUUGUUUAAGAAAGUUCAAUUCUAAUAAAGGUAUUAAAAUAAAUUAUGAAAGUAUA